AUAUUUGUGAAUGUUAUUGAAUGAGAACUCAACAUGAUCAUGGUCGUGGAGUGCGCAGAGUUGAAUAUAUUUUUGUGUUAAUCCUUUAUUUUCGUGAAUGUCAGUCGGAAAUCUAAAAUUCGCAAAGAUGCCGACUCAAGUGAAGCUAUCACAAAUGGUUGACCUGGCCCUAGGGACUCCAGAAGUUGGUGCUGUUAAUUUUAAUGUUCUGCACAGUUUGUUGCAUGCAAUGCUGAAAAGGUUAAAUAUUUUGGAUGUUCAAGCCGACAUAAAUGAAUUUGAUCGCGAUUUCCUUUCAUCCUCAAAACAGAGGCAAAUAUCAAGCUUGAGUGAUAUAGAUAGUGGUAGAGGUGAAGAUUCUGAGGAUGCCUUGAGUGAAAAAUCAACCUCUAUUAAAAGUCGCAAAACACCGUAUCAUCAUUUAGAAGUUAAAGUUGCAAAAAUGUCAGAACAGUUAGAAAAAUUUGGAGAUGAAUUGCCAACUUACAAGGAGUUAUUUGAAAGAGGAAAUAUGGAUCCAACUUCAAAUACCCCAGUGGCUGAUGUCUGGAAAUACAUAAAGAUUCAAAAGAAAGUAGAUGCUAAUUCUGACGGAUUGGACGAGUUGCACAACCUUGUUGAUGGAUUAAUGAAAAGUAUAAAGAAACUAGAACAGGAAAAUAAAAGAUUAAAUGACAAGAUUAGUGGGCUGAAUAUUGAUGACCUCAUGAAAAGAAUGGCUGAGUUAGAAAAGAAAACAGAUGAAAUGAACGAGAAGUUUUCCCUUCUUCCUACCCCCGAGGAGCUGGCCCAGUUUGUGACCUGGCCUGUCCUUGAGGAUGCUCUACUGGGUAUCAAAAGAGACUGGGAGAACAUACAACCCCAGGAACGGGUCGUCGUGGAGAUAUCCAGUCAGACAGAUCCACCCUCUAGGCCUGUUUCUUCCCGUCCUCUGUCUCGUGUUAGUACAGCCAGCUCUGGUCCCUCUGCUGAGGUUCUGGAUGUCUUGGAGAAACUUGGCAAACUGAGUGAAAGUCAUGAUGCUCUGACCAAAAGGGUGGAGGUUCUGGAGGCAGAGAUCAAGAACAAAUUGGACAAAGAUGCUUUGGAAAAUCUCAAUUUGUCUGGAGACCUGAUGGAGCGUCUGUCCAAACUUAAGGAAGAUCUAGAUGCCCUCGCCCAGGCCAGAGAGAAGAAAUCCCUUCUUGAUCUUCAAAAAAGGAAGUCCAGUGGCUCCUUCACAAAACUCGAUGCACAUGAACUACAGAACAUUGCCAUUGAUUCCAUAUCUCAUAGAGUGUCAAGUCUUGAGGACAAGCUCAACAUGUUCCAGCAUAUGGUAAUGGAUAACAGUUCCUAUCCGAGCAAUGCCUCUGAUUUCACUGAACGGGUGGAGCAGCCAAAAAAUCUCCCACAUUCUUUGGCUGAUUUGUAUGACAUGUCAGACAGUUUCCAGAAAGUGGAUAGUGAAGGGAGCAGUGCAGAUGAUGAAGAAGGCAAUGCUGGUGACAUAGCCAGACAGGCUGACAGUAGUGAUAAAGGAAAACACAUGGGCAGUUCUGAGAAAGAUAAAUCCUGGAAAGAUUCUGGAAAAGAGCAGAAUUCUAAAUCUCCUAAGAAGGAAAGGGCUGGAGACAGCAAGGCAAGAUCUCCAAAGAAGGAAAGGCCUGAAAGCAGCAAGGAAAGGUCUCCAAAGAAGGAAAGGCCUGAGGACAGCAAGGAAAGGUCUCCAAAGAAAGAAAGGCAUGGGGAAAGCAAGGAAAGGUCUCCUAAGAAAGAAAGGUCUGAGGACAGCAAGGAAAGGUCUCCUAAGAAAGAAAGGUCUGAGGACAGCAAGGAAAGGUCUCCAAAGAAAGAAAGGUCUGAGGACAGCAAGGAAAGGUCUCCUAAGAAAGAAAGGCCUGAGGACAGCAAGGCAAGAUCUCCUAAAAAGGAAAGGCCUGAGGACAGCAAGGAAAGAAACUUGGAGUUUGAACAAGACGUAAUGGCCGUCUUUGAAGGGGAGCAUACUGAGAAUGUGUCAAUGGAUGGACUUCCAGAGGAGCAAGCUCUAACAAAUGUAGAUCUGCAAAUUGCCAAUAGCAUGCUGAAAAAUUUAGCCAUGGUUCUGAAUAAUCAGCUGGGUCAAGUCAGAAGCAAAAUUUUCUCCUUGGAUAAUGAAUUAAAAAGAACGGCUAAAGGUGUUGAAUUUGCUAUGUUGAAAGCCAAAGUGACAGGUGUGAAUGAAUUGGACAGUGAUGCCCUCAGCAGAGCCCAACAGGCUAUUCUGCAGCUUCAGGCAGAGGUGGAGAAACUACAUGGCACCACUAAGGACAUUAUUGAGGAGAACAACAACCAGGCCCAACAGAUCCAGGGUCUAGUCCAGCACUGUGACAAACUGCAGGAAACUAAGGCAGACAAAGAAUAUGUACAAAUGGAGGUUGAUGUUAAAGCUGACAAGAAGUCAUUGGACAACAAAGUCAACCAUAGUCUGUUUGAUUCCACGACCAAUGAAAUCAACAAGCUGAUUAAAGAUAUCCUUGACAAGUUGGCAGGUCAUGAAGAAUCAUGGAACAGUGCCAUUAAGAAGUUUGCAGAUGACCUUGAUGGCAAGCUCGAUAGACUGGAGUUGGAUCCCCUAAAGGAAUGGCUAGAGAGCAGACUAAAAGCAUUGAAUGACAAACUGCGUCGACAGCAGACUCAGGUGGAAUGGACGGAGGAUGAUGCUGCAGGCAUUAGGAAGCAACUGAUUCAGCGAUUCCAUUGCAUUAGCUGUGAUCGUCCAGUAGAUCUGGUGCCAACAGGCCCAGUGCCUUCCCUCCCCACCAACAAUGGUUUGCCACCCACAAGGUCACCACGCCCUUACACCACUUUCGAGCUGGACCAAAUCAGACAACAUGCAAAGAGGGGAUCCAGAAACACCAUCAAUUUUGAGCGAGCGUUAGCUGAAAAGCAGUUGGCUCGUAUGCGCAAGUCCGAUUUGAAAGCGCUUCUUGUUCACUUUGGCCAAGACAUUGAAGCUUAUCGAGAGCAACGAGAGGAAGCAGCUCAUGCUGCUUUCGCCAACGGUGGCGAGGUGACUGACUAUUAUGCCACAUCCAGAUCAUGUGGAGGAAGCCACACCACGACCUAUCCAAACAAGAGGGUCACCCGCCUCUCUCAUCUCAGCCACCUGUUUAGGGAAGAGGAUGGCAAUGUCUUCCCCAUCUACAAGGAGGAAGUAGAUGUGCAGGGAGCUGACGGUCACAUCUACAAAGGGAGAAUGGGGGCCAAGAUAGAGGCCAGACUGCCCACUGUCAUGCAGACUCAGGACUAUAAGGACAUGCCCCAGGCCUAUAUUUUGGAACGCUCCCGAUCUCCAGUCCCUGUAUCUGUAUCUCACAGAAAAACAACUAUAUCCCCACCCCCAGGGCACAGGGUGGUGCACCCGCAUAGACCCACCUCUGCACGUGCCUCUCCCAGAAGAUCAGGCAGUCGCAGUGACUCCCGCCCCCAGUCGGCUCACCCACAGAACUCGAGGGUAGACAAUGUUGAAGAAUCCUCCCACACUACACCCGUGCCUGAUGAGUCGGCAGAGCAGCAACCAAUCGAGGUCCCGAUCCAGGGAGAUGCUUAAAAUUCCACUGUGGAUCUAGAUAGUAGUAUUUCAAUAGGGAAAUAUUUUUAUAAAAAAGUGCUUUUAUCUCUUGAAUUCUUGAAGUACUUCUCCAAUGUGAAUAUGUAUUUAGGGUGACAAAAAGUUAUGGUGUAUUUCUUGAUGAAAAUGAGAAAUGGAAAGCAGCUACAGCAAUUAAAACCCUGUUCAACAACCAAAGUCACAUCAAUAGAACACAAUUAAUUAAUGGCACAUGUAAGGCACAAAACGGGAGUGGGGAAAAAUACUGAGGGAUUGUUAGGGAAUAUUUCAUUAUUUCUGUAGGCACCAGUUUCAUUAAGUGCAAUGUGUAAAUAUUCUAGCCAUUAUAAUUUAUAUUGUAACAGCAUUUCAAAGUCAUAGUGUCUAAGCCUAAAAAUACAAAUAGACAUUGUUAAACAUAGAUUGUACUAUGCAGGGUUGACAACUGCAAUAGAAUUACUUUUGUGUAUCGUAUAUUUGAUGUUCACGGUAAAAACUAAUUAUUGCACAAUGUAGAUAUGUACCGAAACUUUCCAGUUGAUUUUGUUUUUGCAUGAUGAAUUCUGUUUGAUUUUCUUGUUGUUGAUGCAAUACAUUCCGUCAAAUAUUGACCCAGUCAUUAUUUAUUUCGAAGUCCACAAAUUUGUUUUAAACCAGAAGUGGAGAUGAAGGACUGUGAUAUUGUUAUGAUUUUUUAUAUAUACCCAGUUAGAUAUUUUGGAGAUUAUCCUAUCGUUUUCAUUUGAUCUAUUAUUUUAGUUUCUCUUUGGGGGGAAUAUGUAAUCUUUUCUCGCUCAAUAUUUCAUUGGUGCUGUGGAUGAAAAGAUAAUGUCAGGACAUAUGCGAGGACAGCUGUCUUUAGCUGUAUUGACAUGCUUAAGAUUUUCUUUGUAUUAAAAGUGUGCCAAUUUUCCAAUAUUGUAUACAUGUGCAAGAAAAUUUUAUUUCCAAAUCAGAACUAGAUUUUUAUGCUGGGCAUUUUGAAAAUGUAUUUAUAUUCUAACAUUGAUAGAAUAAAAUUGUGUCUAUGAAAUAUUCUGUAAUACUAAUUUUGUUUCUGAAUCUUGUAUUUUAAUCAUUUGAAAUCAAAAUUAGAAUUCUAUUGUAUACGAAUCAAAUGUACUUAAUAUAUGCACCUAGAUGUGUGACUCUUGGCAGUGAUAUAUGUUUAAUAUUCCGUCCGACACGUAGACUCAACAUGUGCACAAGCAGUAUUGAACAGUAUUUUUACAUCUCCAGUCUUUGUUGAUCUAUAUUCUGCUAAUAAAAAUCAUUUCUAAA